GGUGUGCAUACCAAACACAAGGACAGGGUCAGGAUUAUAUUGAGGAUAGAGAUAUAAUUUCUAGCUUGGAACAGUGUUUCAAAACCAGUCAAUGUAGGAGGAGAAUGCUUGUCCAAUUCCCUCUUAUUUUAUUAACACAUCAUUAGCCAGUAGCUAGCUUGCUUAUGCUUCUUCCCCAUCUCUCCACCAGUACUACUACAUAUCAUUGCUUCCCUCAUUUCAUCCCCUUCUUCCUUCCCCUUUCCUAGCUAUUCCACCUGCACGCGCGUACGAUUCCGAUCCAGCCAUGGCAGUGUAGAUCGAAAGAGAUCAAGUAGAAGAUUUGGUAAGAUGCUUGAGAGGUAGAUAGCUACCUAGAGAAGGCUGAUCAGCAUCAGCCUGAGAGAGAUGAAGGAGAAGGAAGUGCUAGUUGAGAUUGUUGAGGAUGAUGAGCUGAAGAGAUCGAUUGGUAGAAAUCAGCUGGACCUCAACGAGGAAGUUAUGGAUGUCGAGAGCGAGGAGGGAGAAGUCGGCGAUGAUGAAGAUGACGAAGAUGAGGAGGAUGACGACGACGACGAUGAUGGUGGUAGCACCACCGAUGUUGCCGGAAGCAGGAGCUCCAGCAACAACAGCAGCACCAAUAACGUUUCAGAGAGCAAAUUGAAGGGCGACAAGGAUAGCGGUGGCGGCAGGUUGGAGGGGAUCAACGGCGGAGAGCAGAGGGUGCCAUCGGUGCGGCAGUACAACCGGUCGAAGCUGCCUCGGCUCCGGUGGACACCGGACCUCCACAUGGCCUUUGUCCAUGCCGUUGAGAGGCUCGGUGGCCAAGAGAGAGCAACUCCUAAGUUGGUGCUUCAGAUGAUGAAUGUUAGGGGGCUCAGCAUUGCUCAUGUAAAAAGCCACUUGCAGAUGUAUAGAAGCAAGAAGUUGGAUCACGAGGGUCGCCAGAUCAGAGGAGCCAUCGCCUCAGUGUUCUCUCCAAUGGAUUUCCAUCUGAUGAGAGGCGAUCGACGCUUCCACGACAUGCUCCUCCAGCGAGCCGCCGCGCUCUCCUCCUCCAGGCAGGAGCACGGCGGUUUCUUCUCCUCGAGAAGCGGCGGCGGCGGCGGCGGCCUACCGCCGGAGGCCAGCCGGCUGUACGGACUCCUCCAACACCGGCAGUCUCCGGCGAUAGCGACGAUGCAAACAUUAGACUUCAAGAACAGCAGUUUCAGGAACCAAGAGUGGUCGUUCAGCUUCAACCACCAGCGGAAGGAGACGAUGAAUCCGUCGUCGUCGUCGUCGACCACCGCGGCGAUCAGGCGGUGGCCUUCAGCCGCCGGCGCGGUCGCCGUCGUCGCCGGCGAGCGACAAAGACUAGCGGAGAGAUUCGGCUACUACACCGGGAACGGUGGCGCGUCGUCGACGUCUCUGCCGCUCAUCACGAGGGCCGCCAUGGCGGCGCCGCCGCCGAUGUUUGCGGCGGCCGUGGCGCCGCCGGGACGUGAUCACCAUCGUCUUCCGUUUGGAUGGCACGCCGGCGGCGGCGGCGGCGGCGGCGGUAAUAAGAACAGGUCGUCGUCGGAUCCCGUGGUGAUCGAUGAAGCCCUAGAUUCCCGCCGCCUCGAGCAUCAGCAGAAGCAUGUAGAACAACCAAGGAUGACUCCGACGACGACGACCACACCGGCCGGCAAGCGGCCACCGGAGUGGUCACCACCGGACCUGCAGCUCACCUUGUCUCCGACGACCGCCCCCGCGGCCGCAGACGGCGGCGGGGCCAAGAGGAGCAAGACGUCAACGACGACGACGAACACCACCGCCGCCAUUUCAGGCGAGCAAGAAGCAGAGAAGAAUAUGGAUCGCUGCAAGAACAAGCUGUCCAUCUCGCUCUCGCUCUCGCCGCCGGCAGCAGCAGCAGCAGCGGCGAACUUCUCCUCCAUGGAUUUGUCCAUGGAGCAGCAGAAGCAGAAGCAGGAAAAGACAACAAUAGGAAGCAGUGAGGAGGAGGCCGGUGAUCUGGGGCAGAGUACUUUGGAUCUGACCAUGUCGAUCAGGGCAUUGGAGUGAGAUCUUUCAAGUACUUUGUCCCCCCCCCCCCCCCCCACCACACACACCCACACCCCAAGUGCCUUCCAAAAACUGCACACUGCACCAUGCAAAAUGACAGCAAUAAGAUUGUUAAUUAAUUUUAACCUCUUGUCCAUCUCUCUACCCAGUAGUUUUAUCUCAGUACAUAGAUAUAUAUGUCAUGGUCAUGCUUGCUUAAUGCUUGGUUAUUGUCUUCUAGGGAGUUAGUCUGCAUGCAUGCCUCUCUCUAGAUAUGUAUGCAUGCAUGAUCAAAUCACUUAGCUUGUUCUUUUGUGACAGCAUCUUUGGGAAACUAAACCAUCACAAGAGAUCAUAAGUAUCAGUGUGCAGAAGUUCCAGUUAAUCUAAUGUGCCAUUAAUUUAAUAUGUAUUAAAUUGUUUACUUUUUCGAUCUGUUUAUCUA